ACACAAAUAUUUAAAGCUGUUUCCUCUUCUAAUUGUGAGGAUAACCUUGAUACUGUAAAAUGAUGCACUUUGAGUCUACAGAUAGACUAAAAUGACUCUGGCACUGAGAGACUCAAGAAUGAACAAUCCGUCAGAAACCAGUAAACCACCAAUGGAGAGUGGGGAUGGGAACACAGGCACACAGACAAAUGGCCUGGACUUUCAGAAGCAGCCUGUGCCCGUUGGAGGGGCAAUCUCUACAGCCCAGGCUCAGGCCUUCCUUGGACACCUUCAUCAGGUCCAGCUCGCUGGAACAAGUUUACAGGCUGCUGCUCAGUCCUUAAAUGUACAGUCUAAAUCUAAUGAAGAAUCUGGGGACACCCAGCAGCCAAGCCAGCCUUCCCAGCAGCCUUCAGUGCAGGCGGCCAUACCCCAGACCCAGCUCAUGCUGGCCGGAGGACAGAUCACCGGGCUCACGUUGACGCCAGCCCAGCAGCAGUUAUUAUUACAACAGGCACAGGCACAGUUGCUGGCGGCUGCAGUGCAGCAUUCAGCCAGUCAGCAGCACAGCGCUGCAGGCGCCACCAUCUCGGCCUCCGCUGCGACGCCGAUGACGCAGAUUCCUCUUUCUCAGCCAAUACAGAUUGCACAGGAUUUGCAGCACCUGCAGCAGCUCCAACAGCAGAAUCUCAACCUGCAACAGUUUGUGUUGGUGCAUCCAACAACCAACUUGCAGCCAGCACAGUUUAUCAUCUCACAAACGCCGCAGGGGCAGCAGGGUCUCCUGCAAGCGCAGAAUCUCUUAACGCAACUACCUCAGCAAAGCCAAGCCAACCUCCUGCAGUCUCAGCCAAGCAUCACCCUCACCUCACAGCCAGCAACCCCUACACGCACAAUAGCAGCAACCCCCAUUCAGCCACUUCCACAGAGCCAAUCAACACCAAAGCGAAUUGACACUCCCAGCUUGGAGGAGCCCAGUGACCUUGAGGAGCUUGAGCAGUUUGCCAAGACUUUCAAACAAAGACGGAUCAAACUUGGAUUCACUCAGGGUGAUGUUGGGCUCGCUAUGGGCAAACUCUAUGGAAAUGACUUCAGCCAAACUACCAUCUCUCGCUUUGAAGCCUUGAACCUCAGCUUUAAAAACAUGUGCAAGUUAAAGCCACUUCUGGAAAAGUGGCUCAAUGAUGCAGAAAAUCUCUCAUCUGAUUCAGCUCUCUCCAGCCCAAGUGCCCUGAAUUCCCCGGGGCUGGGGAUUGAGGGCUUGAACCGUAGGAGGAAGAAACGCACCAGCAUAGAGACCAACAUACGUGUGGCCUUAGAGAAGAGUUUUCUGGAGAACCAAAAGCCUACCUCGGAGGAGAUCACCCUGAUAGCUGACCAGCUGAACAUGGAGAAGGAGGUGAUCCGCGUUUGGUUCUGUAACCGGCGCCAGAAGGAGAAAAGGAUCAACCCACCCAGUAGUGGUGGAACCAGCAGCUCUCCCAUCAAAGCAAUUUUCCCUUGCCCAACCUCACUGGUGGCAACCACGCCAAGCCUUGUGACAAGCAGUGCAGCUACUACUCUGACUGUCAACCCUGUGCUCCCUCUAACUAGUGCUGCUGUCACUAGUCUGUCAGUCACAGGCACAACAGAAACCACCUCCAACAACACAGCAACCGUGAUCUCUACAGCACCUCCAGCUUCCUCAGCAGUGACUUCACCCUCUCUGAGUCCUUCCCCUUCUGCCUCAGCCUCCACUUCCGAGGCAUCCAGUGCCAGUGAGACCAGCACAACACAGACAACCUCUACUCCCUUGUCCUCCCCUCUUGGGACCAGCCAGGUGAUGGUGACGGCAUCAGGGUUGCAAACAGCGGCAGCAGCUGCACUACAAGGUGCUGCACAGUUGCCUGCAAAUGCAAGUCUCGCUGCCAUGGCUGCUGCAGCAGGACUAAACCCAGGCUUGAUGGCACCCUCACAGUUUGCAGCUGGAGGUGCCUUACUCAGUCUCAAUCCAGGGACGCUAGGCGGUGCUCUCAGCCCAGCUCUGAUGAGCAACAGUACACUGGCAACUAUUCAAGCUCUUGCAUCUGGUGGCUCUCUUCCAAUAACAUCACUGGAUGCAACUGGGAACUUAGUGUUUGCCAAUGCUGGAGGUACUCCUAACAUCGUCACUGCCCCGUUGUUCCUGAACCCUCAGAACCUUUCUCUGCUCACCAGCAACCCAGUUAGCUUGGUCUCUGCAGCUGCCGCCUCCGCAGGGGCCUCUGGACCAGUCGCCAGCCUUCAUGCCACCUCCACCUCAGCUGAGUCCAUCCAGAACUCUCUCUUCACAGUGGCCUCUGCCAGUGGGGCCACUUCCACCACCACUACUGCCUCCAAGGCACAGUGAGCCGGGCUGAGCUGUGCUACCACCAGCCUGUUUCACUCUGCAGUGGGAUUGGCUGCCAGCUGGGUUUAUAAACUGAAAAAUGUGAUCGGCUUCCUCUCGCCAUGUUGCUGGGGACAAGGGAGAGAGACGGAAAAUAUAAAAACAAAACAGGAAGGAUUUAAAGCUGGGACAGACAUUUGCCUAAUUUUAUAAUAAACACUGUCUUUUCAGGAUCGCUUCAUGGAUCGGAGAGCUUUCUAACCAAAAAUGUAAAAAAACAAAAAACAAAAAAAACAAAAAAAAAGUGAAAGGACUACUUAUCAUUUCCAGCAGUCACAAUGACAAGUUAAGACCAAAAACUACAAAAGAAAAACCAAACUGAGAAGUGAAAGCUAACCUGCUCCUAACACCUGGCUGGUGUACCUGAAAGGAUCGAAAUACUGUGAGUCAAUCUGGGGGGAGGGGUGUUUGGGGAGGAGGGAGGUGCAUUCCUCUCAUGGUGUUUGUCUUGGCUUUGGGGUGGGACUACUGGGGGAAGUGGUGUUGACUUGGGAGGGAUUCCUAGCCUCUUCCAUCCUGACUUCAAGGCAUCCCUUCCAUUGUUCCGACUUCCCUGCGGGGGCGGGGGCAGGGGGAGAUGAGGAGGUGAGUGAGCGAGUGAGUUUUUGAGUGGUUGUGUGGAUCUAAAGAGCUGAAUUUCCAAGGAGCUCAGAGCUCCAUUGGGAUGGGAAAAUUUCCAAUGGCUUGGUAGAGAACCAAAGGCACUGAUGAGUCGUCAGCUCUGCUGUUGUCAGAGCAGAUAAGAGGAAAAGCUGGGCCUUUUUCGCGCUUUGGGUGGAUGUCCCUUUCUGUAAGGAUCUCGUCUCCUAUGGGUGUUGCCGCCUUUUUGUGCACAGGGAUGUUUUGGCUCUGUGAGGACAAACUGCAUAUGGGGAUUGCUCAGUGCAGCAGCCUAGGUCUCAGCUACUGCUGGAAAUAGGAAAAACUGUUUCUUCCCUUCAAAUAUUGAAGCAGUGGUACCAAGGUCAGAGUCCCUUCCAACAUCUUGCAUGUGUUGUCUUUCUCUUCUGAAGAUGGGGGACCCAGGAAACUCCUUUCUUUACUCCCCAAAAUAGCCAUGUACAUUGUCAUGUAUUGUGCUAUUGGGUUGAGUUGUUUUAUCAGUGAACCUUGUGAAGAAAGGGAAAGGGUGGAAAAUAGAUGAAUUGUCCAGCUACUCUUCCUCCGGAAACCAAUCGGGUUGCAGAACUUCACUGAAAGCUUUACUAAUAGAAUUGUUGUUCUGACAUUAUGUAAAAGUGGUAUUAAUAUUGUGUGACUUUUCAAAGAGCUAGAUAGAUUUAUAGGUAGGUAAUAGGGAUAUUGAAGAAAUGACUUCUCAAUUAUAAGAGCACUUGGAACAAAAGAUGUGGAAAACAAGGUGUGCUUUAAGGUAAACAAAUCUGAGGAAGGAAAUGAAACAACCUGGGCGAGGGAAGGGAGGGUGAUAUCCUUUGGGAUUCCUUAGUGCUAUUGAGUUGUUCUGCCCCAGGACUGGAGCACCCCCUCUGCCUUAUUUCAUCUCUCUACCAAACAAGACAUUGUCAAAUAGCUCAGGCCAAAAAUGUAAUUUACCUUAAAAUUGUUCUAGUCUGCUGGGGAAUUUUUCCCUCCAGAGUUUUAUAUAGACGAUAAAAUAAUGUUGACUCCUCCACUCUGUCCCCAAGAACUAACCUCCUCCUUCUCCUCCCCCAAAAUUCUCAAUCUAGUAUUGUUGGACCCACUAAAAUUAUGUAUUGCCCCCUGCUGAUUUUUUGUAGCAACAUCUAGCUAACAAACAUUGUUCUCUGAGCUGUGCUAAUGUUAUGGAUGGUGCUGGCAUGCUAAGGUGCUAUAGAAAUCCUAAGUUAUUAAACAAAGAGGAUCCUGUUUUGGCUCCAUCCAGGACACUGGAAACUAUUUAUGCCAAGUCAUAAACCAUGGAAAUCACACAGCCCCCUUCAGAAAUGAAAGCUCUUAUAAAAAUCAAACACAGCACCCUUGAUAGUGUCCUUCAGAACAAGGCAGUUUAGAUAAAAAUCAGUCCUUCCCCAUGGUCUCCCUCACUGUGUUGGUCCUGGUGCCUUCUUUGCACAAGUGAGCCGAAGGAUGAAAUCUCAGCAAGCUGAGACACCUAUACAGACUCAUCGCCCAGCUCUGCUACUUUUUGAGAACUGGGAGCAGGAUUGGCCCCUCGUUUUGCAACAGGGAGAGGAAAGGGGUGCUACAGAACUGCCCGCCAUUGGUUUGGAGUAAUGUGAAUAGGGCAAUUCUGAUGGAGGGGCAAGUGCUGAUCACCUUGGAGAGCAUCACGUGCCCACUGUCUAUCGGAAAGAUCAGUGCAGUAGCCAUCCCCAGGCCUGCCAGUGCUGCUGUUGUUCCAUUUCCUUCCUCUGCAGUAGUGUCUAAGGCUAGGUGUGAGUAGGUGUGGGGUGUUUAUCCGCCACAGGUACAGGAGCUGUCGUAUACCUCAUUUCUAACUCGUAACUGAGUAACUUGCUUUAACUUUCUCCAAACCCUACAGAGUUGCCAAGUCUGCCCUCCCUCCCUUGAUUAACGUUGAACUCUGGCAUAUAGCAGCCCGUGACCUGCAACCUGGGGAGUGACCCCCUAAAGCCUCUGAAUGUUGCUGCUUAAAAGCUACUGCAAAAUGAGGGCAAAUUGCAAUCUUAUCCUAUUUCUUUUGGUUACAAGGGGUCCUCUCGAUUAGUCUGAAUAUCCAAAGGCACCCUCCCUCCAAUCCGUGCAUGAAACGUCCACAACUGCCUUUCCCCGCUCUCCUGGUGUCAGGACUACACUGAAACUCCAGGGCCAGGCAGGUCCCUGAAGGCGUCUUUCAGCUGAGUGCUGCGCACACACUACUCAUCCUUUUUGGAAAAAAAAAAAAAAAAGGACCAAAAAAGAAAAUUCUUCAAAUAUUUAAUUUUCUUCUUUAUUAUUUGACAAUCUUGUAUCCCCCGGGCUGUCCAGACGCUGCAUCCUUGAUCCCUUCCACCUUUACUUUGAAUGUAGUUCCUCCACCCCCAUGGGAAAGAGAAGCUUUGACAGGUCACGAUGCGCUGCUAUAAGCCGGGGGGCGGUUUCUUUGUUUUGUUUUGUUCUUUUAAAAUUUCCAGCCAAAACCAAAGAUUUCCUAAUGAUUGUAUAAACUCAAAACAAACAAACAAACCAAAGACAAAGGGGCGUCUUCAGCAAUCCCAUCUGGGAGGCCAGCCCUGGUAGAGGAGGAAGGGGUUCCUAGCAGACUGCUAAAGUGGAAUGCCUGGCUUCCCAUGGCCUGACACUGUGUGACUCUUCCACAGCAAAGUGGACUCAAUCUGAGCCAGGCAAUUUCCAUCCCACCCUUUGCUAAUGUGUUGUGGAGGAAACUUGCUCUUUAAGCUCACAGAAACCAGGGUGCAGCCACUGGGGGAGGUGGGUUGGGAGAGCAGAUGAGUUGCUGCAGCCAAUGGGACUCCACAGAUUGGUUGAGAAGCUGAAGACAUUGGUGCAUGAUUGGCUGCUCUGAUAGGUGCUUUAACCCUUUGGGGGCUGGGUGAUGAUGAUUAAUACACGCUGAGGUGCACUUCUGAGCUUUUCUCCCCCUCCCCUCCCCCCCGCCACGUAACUGCUUGGAAGAGGCUGUCCUGUUGUGAGAAAUCUCUUGAAAGAAGAAAAAAGCUUUUCAUUUCUCCUCUAGCUUCUUUUUUUCUAUAUUUUUAUUAUUUUUGCAGCACCACUGUGCAACUAUGCAUUGUAUUUCUCAACCUUUUAUGCUAGGUAGAUGCCUGUGACUUUUUAACUUUUGGGGGGGAUUGCAAAUGAAGGAACUUUAUACAUGGAUCUUUUUAAUCUCAGUUGACUGGGGGGUGUUUGGUUCUAGGGUCAUACAAGCUCUAUCCCAAAGCAAAAUCCAAAUGUUAAUAAUAUUAGCCUGAUGCAGAUACCAAAGAUAAUUUCUUUCCUGCAGAACCUUAGACUUGUGUAUUAAGUACGAUUACCCAGCACUUGCAUUAGUCUAACCUCAGUAAUUCCAAAGCUUAGAUGUAUAUUUUGGUAUAUUUCUGGGAUAUUAAAAGAAUUGUCGUUUAAAUUCUUGUUUGUUUCAGUGUAAUGCUCUUAAAGUCAUAGCAUGGAGAUAACUGAACUGUCCUAUUCUUAGUAGUUUGAAAUAAUAGUAUUUUUGUAUGUUUUGGGUGUGUCUAUGUAUGUAUUAACAUAACAGUUUUCACUGCCUAGGUGUUCAUAAUUAAAAAGUUCUAAAGUGUACAUAAUAUUCCAUAAUGAACUUCCACCAGACUGUCAAUUUGGAUUGCAUUUUCACUGAUUGCCAUUCCCAGCUGGGAUUCCUUAUUUCUUUUUUAAGGAGACAGCAUCCUUAAUGUUUCUAAAGAUCUGAAUUUAUUUUUUACAUAACUGGGUCAAAGGGUGUUUUCUUUUUUUUUCUUCCUGGGGGGCCGGGGGGGUUGCAAGAUUUAUUUAAGAAAAAUCUUGGAAGCAUGUUAGUUUGAAAACAUCAGUUGGAAUUUGGGAAAAAAUGUUUCUGCUGAAGCUGGCCAAUAGUUUUUGAUGAAGCAAUGAGUUGUGAUUAGCCUGGGCGGGAGGGGAUCCUUUUAUGCAUCUCUUCAGCCAAAGAUAAAUUUGCAGUCUGGGUGUUAACCCUUUUUCUCACCUCUCCUCCUAUACUAUCACUUGUACACCUGGUGUCAGCUGAACACUUGAAGUCAGGGACCUUAAUGCGAUACUUGUACCCAGGUGAAAUACAUUCUCAUCUGGUCUUGAGACUGAAAUGUGAAAGACCCCUAUGAUUUUGAAACUAAUUGACAUCUUUUUCUUGAUGGGGGGAUAAAAGGGAUGCUGUUUCUUUAAAGAUGCCUUUUAUUUUUUUCCCAGUGGCUGCCUGCAGGUGGCUGUAGGCAUUGAGAGAUUGUGUAGAUUACAGUGAAUCAGGAUGAAAUGGUAGAUUUUGUGUAGAUGCAUUUGUCUGCUGUAAUUUUUUAUAUAUAUUAAACUUACUGUAACUGUACAGUUCAUUUCUGUUGUAAACAUCAUUAAACCAUUUUCCAAGUGUUUUAA